GGCCGGGCCAGGCCCUUCCUCCGCCUCCUCCUCCUCCUCCUCCGCCUCCUGCGCCGCAGGUCCCAGCGCGGCCCCGGCGGAAGAUGCGCGGCCGGCGGUGAGCGGCGCGGGGCAGAGGCCGCAGCCCAGGCCGGCGGGCGGAGGAUGCGGGCCGGGCCGCGCCGGCCCUGAGAGGCAGGAUGGGCACCCAGGGCAGCCCCGUGAAGAGCUACGAUUACCUGCUCAAGUUCCUGCUCGUGGGCGACAGCGACGUGGGCAAGGGCGAGAUCCUGGAGAGCCUACAGGACGGCGCCUCCGAGUCCCCGUACGCCUACAGCAACGGAAUUGACUACAAGACCACUACUAUCCUGUUGGAUGGCAGAAGGGUCAAGCUGGAACUCUGGGACACUUCAGGGCAAGGGAGAUUUUGCACCAUUUUCAGAUCCUACUCCAGAGGAGCCCAGGGAAUUCUCUUGGUGUACGACAUCACUAAUCGCUGGUCCUUCGAUGGGAUAGACCGAUGGAUAAAGGAAAUAGAUGAGCACGCCCCAGGUGUCCCUCGGAUCCUGGUGGGGAACAGGCUCCACCUGGCCUUCAAGCGGCAGGUGCCGACGGAGCAGGCGCGGGCCUACGCCGAGAAGAACUGCAUGACCUUCUUCGAGGUGAGCCCCCUCUGCAACUUCAACGUCAUCGAGUCCUUCACGGAGCUGUCCCGCAUCGUCCUCAUGCGGCACGGCAUGGAGAAGAUCUGGAGACCCAACCGAGUGUUCAGCUUGCAGGACCUGUGCUGCCGAGCCAUUGUGUCCUGCACCCCAGUCCACCUCAUCGACAAGCUGCCCUUGCCUGUCACCAUCAAGAGCCACCUGAAGUCCUUCUCCAUGGCCAACGGGAUGAACGCGGUGAUGAUGCACGGCCGGUCGUAUUCCCUGGCCAGCAGUGGGGGCGGGAGCAGCAGCAAAGGGAACAGCCUGAAGAGAUCCAAAUCCAUCCGGCCGCCCCAGAGCCCCCCACAGAACUGCUCACGCAACAACUGCAAGAUCUCUUAGCAGGAUGGGCACCGGGAGCUUCUGUCGGAUCCGCACCCACCCACCGAUGUACAGCUGUUUGCACACCCAGCCCUUUCCCACUGGAUCCUUUCGGAUGGGUUGCUUUUCCAAUGGCACGCACAAGCGUUAGGAAUGUGCUCACGUUUUGGCUUGGCAUAGGAAGAAGCGUGGUGCCGGCUGGAUCCCGCAGCGCUACCGGAGAGAGGAUCUGCCAAGUGACCCUCCAAGAAUGCUUUGGGCUUUGCCUCUCGGCCUGGGGUGGAAAAUUCAGCAGCUGCCGGGCUGGGGAGGGGGGAAGGGGAAAAAAAGCUCAUCAAGUCUCAAUGGAGCAAUGGAUUUAAUGGAAGAUUGAGAGGCUUAAGGGAGUAGGCAAGGAGAGUCUGUGCUGCAACUUUAACUCUUGGCCUCCUGAACAGAUUGCUGGUGCAAUAGUGAUCCUUGGAUGUAGACAAUAAGAAACAGGGACAGGGGAAUAAUGACAGUUUUCACCGGGAUGUUCACCUGCUGUUGCCAAAAAAACCAGAAAACAAGGCAAGAGUUGGCCAAUUGGAAAGGGGAAGGCAGCGCUCGCUGCCUUCGCUUAUUUAUGUAAAUAUUAUACAUAUAUAUAUAUAUAUCACUUGUUUUUUUAAGGGUUUUUUUAAGAAGCUGUCAGGGAAAAUUUUAUGCAGCCAUGUAAAUACAAGCACUGGAUGGACUUUCCCAGUGCCAGCAAAGGGGAGAAGUGGAGGAUUUUCUGAUGAAAACACAUAAAUGCUUUAAGAGACUUUCCCUCACCCCUGGGCUCGUGGUGGCGUUUUUAAAUACUGUGAGUGCAGAAGGAAAGGACAAUUCAUGAGGAACAUGCCCCAAGCUGCUUUAUUCCAAUCACUCCCUAAAACUUGUGAGUGCUGAUAUGCAGGGUGGGAUGGGAGUGGAUAGAGGGGCAGAGUGGAGAGGCCAGGGUCCUGGGGUUUUUUGGCAGGCAGGAGGAAGAGGCAGCUCUGGGGUUAGACCGAUGCCUUGCUCGCUUUGAGCCUUCUGGUUGGGGAUUUGGGAGCAGGGGGUGGAAGCAUUGUACCUAAAGCAGGGAAAAAUGCUGAAUUUUGUCCCUUAUUGCUGCAAAACUUUGGCUGUUGCUUCCAGUGCCCUCCAUCCAGGACACUACCCCGUGUGACAGCCCCUGGAUUCUGGCUGCUUCCAGCUUUGCUUUCCCAAAGAUGCUGCCUGAGGUUGCACUGCUGUGGCUCCUCCUGGAUGAAAAUGGGAAAGGGCAGAAGUGGCUUUUCCCACUGGAGCGUGAAGGAGCAGGGACUAGGAAGGUGAAAGGUUGGGGUGGGGAAACAGCAAUCCCCAGGUCCCUUAGUGGCAAAGUCACUCAGUUCUUGGGGUAGUCCCAGAAGAUCAGGAGAGCAAACUGCUUUGCUCCAUAGGACAGCUCCUGGAUUUUGAAGGGGCAAGAGCUUGGGAUGGAUCUUCUGUCAAGCGAGUGCACCUGCUUUCCUGGCUUCAUCCCACGGCUGACCUGUGCUGGGAAUUCACCUGGAAGCUGAGAAAUAAUGCCCAGCCCUUACCCCAGAAGCUCAGGGGGUUGGCAGUGGGGCUGAGCUGUGGCAGCAGAUUCUCGUGGGUGGCCGGGGUGUGUGGACUGUGAGUACCACGGUAGGAAGUGAAGUGUACAGUGCUGCCAUCCUGCUCCUGGGAUCAGCAGCUCCUCAAGGCCUGGGCUGGCUCCGCUCCCCCUCCCCAAGCCGCUCAUUGCACUGUGUGGGCAGGAUGAAGCCGCAGCAGCUCCUGUGCGGCCGACAGACCCGCCAGACCCGCCGUGUCCGGGCUGGACACGUCCCCCCGCGGGGACAUUGCCUUCCCUCGCUCCUGAGCCCACCUGGGAGGUGCUGGAGCCUUCCCCCUCCCCUCUGCAGAACACAACAGGGGCAGGUCUCUUGGCUCAGCUUUAUCUCUGCUUUAUCACCCAGCUCAAGUGAGCGGGGAGAGAAUUAAACCCCAGGCAGGCGGAGGGGGAGAAGAAUCCUUUGUAGUGGUGCUUUGGCUCGAGAGCAAAGCCGGGGCCGGGCCCGGCGCAGUGGCACAAGGCCGGGGGAUUUGGAGAACCUGUCUGGGCUGGCUGGCACCUGUUUCCCAUCACUUAACACACGGCAGAAGACAAUCGCUGGCUCAGCAGCCCGGGGAUAUACGGCCAACAGGUGACGGGCACCAAAACUGACGGCUUCUCCCGGGAAACACCGCCCGGGCACUGCAGGGCCCCGGCUGCUCCCGGCACCGGUGUGUGGGGCAAAGAGGGAUGGAGGGCUCCUUCCUGAAACCACCAAGCUGCUGCAUGUCUCAAAACUGGCUGUACCUCUGCUUUGGUUUGGUUGUGCCGCGUGUGCCACCUCCCCACACCGUUUCCCUGUGGUUGGUUUGGGUUUUGCCACCCUGUAAAGUCUCAUGGAUCCUGUCUGGAGUGAGGAUGGAUGAUUUCCCUGGAGUGAUUGCCCAGCAACAAACUUUUUUUAUUUUUUAAUUUAAAAGGAAAAGAUGCUUACAUCUGAUGUCAACACUAGUCUGUAGCUGCUCUCCAACACUUGUACCAUUCCUGAGUUGGUUUUUUUGGACUAUCCUUUUAUUUUUUUAUUCCUUUGUACAGUCAGUGUUGUUCAACUGAUUCUACAUGGUUUUGUUUUGUAUAAAUUAAAGUCUUUUUGUUUGUUUUGAUCUACCAAUUGAAA